AUGGCUGAUAUCGACGAAGAAUUUAUAGAUUGGCAUGCUAUGGAGUUUACAAAACCGGAUGAUGCAUACAAUUUCUAUUGUGAGUAUGCACACAAUAUGGGCUUUUCAGUGAGGAUAAAAAUGCAGAAAAAGUUCAAAAAGGACCCGCAACAGAUACAAUGCAUGGAGUAUUGUUGUAAUAAAGCAGGAUUCAAAGAGGGUAGCAAUGUGAAACCAAAUCAGAUUCAUCCAAACAAAAGCAGCGAGUCAGAAAGGAUAAAGAUCAUGCAUCGUAGUCAUGAAACGAGAACAGACUGUAAUUCAAAGAUACGGCUUCAGUUUGACAAGGAGAAUGCAAAGUACAAAGUGACAUACUUUGAAGACAACCACAAUCAUGAUCUACAUCCUCCAAAACACAAGCACAUGCUUGAAGCUGGACUACCAAUCAGAUCAUCGUACGAUUUGAUGAAAAUAGCCGCUGGAGGAAAGGAAAAUGUGGGGUUUUUUAAGUUGGACCUGAAGAAUCACAUGAAGAAAAGAAGGAAAGAAAUUUUCAAGGAGGACGAAGCAAAUGCAUUACUGCAGUAUUUUGGCCAAAGAUCGGUGGAUAAUCCCUUAUUCUUUUAUGAAAUUGAAGUCGAUUAUGAAGAUAAGAUUGCUAAUAUAUUAUGA